UGCGGUUCGUUGUGCUUAUCAUAUAGCCACAGGUGUUUCGGGCCCUCAAGUUCCUUUUUAGUUUGAUAAAAACAUAUCAAAAUACAUAUAUACAUAUAUAUUGUUGUUGUGUCAGUUCUAAAUUACAGUGUACUUUAAAUGCACUUGGAGGCAGCAAAUCUUUUAUCAAUUACACGGCGCUCCGCAGCAGUUUAAGCAAAACAAAUAAACUCAGCACAAUGCGGUCCAACAUAGUGAUGGCGCGGCGGCACCAUGAUUAUCUCCUAUUGCUUUUACUCCUCACGCAGGCGUUCCUAAUCUGCUCGGCGCUACCCGCCGCAUCCAAUACGCUUGCCGCACAAAGUGGUGCUGGAUUAAGCUCCACUAGCAGCAACAACAAUGUUAGUGGCAACAGUGCCGUUAGCAAUAGUAAUAUAAAUAGCAAUAGCAACAACAAUGCCGUAGGAAAUCCCAAUGUGAGCAUAAAUAGUGGCAGCAAUAUUGCGAGCAACGUCACUGUUAGCGGCAACUCUAUAAGCAGCAGCGGUAGCGGCGGCCUAGCCGUCGGCACGAGCGGCAACAAUAUCGAUUUGCUUAGUGCAGCUGGCACAAGCGCGGUCGGCAUCGGUGUACCUGGCGGCGGCAGUGGCAACAGCAGCAACAUUAGCGUAUUGCCGAGGGAGAAGUUGUACGAAAAGUGCACUGGGCCAGGUGAUCCGGGUCCUUGCAAGCAAUACAUUUACAAAUGGCGUUACGAGCCGCUCUCCAACGAGUGCACCACCUUCAUUUGGGGCGGCUGUGAUGGCAAUCCGCAAAAUCGUUUCAACACAGAGGCCGAGUGCUUGUAUCAUUGCAUUGGAGGACCGCACACAUUGCCUCCUUUUCUGCGUUCCACCACCAGUGAACCCAGCACCACCGAGUCAACACAGCAGUUGUCAUCCAACACUGUGGGACCUGUGUAUGGCGGCGGCGAUGCUUCGGACUCCAGCCCUGUGCCUUUCGAUCAGCGUGGCCCAGAGCUAACGUUUGCCGAAACGGGUCAGGAGAAAACAUUCGUCUUUGCCAAGAAUAACACAUUCAUCCAAAUGGACGGUGACAUUAUACAAACAUUUCAAUUAAGACUUUGCCGAGAGAUCUCAUUUCAAUUUCGUACGCGUCUACCACACGGUCUACUCGUCUAUCAUAACGUAAAAAAUCCGGAUCGUAUUAACUUAGACCCAUAUGCGCUAUAUGUGAUUGUGGAAAAAGGGCAACUGAAGGUUGUGCACGUGUUUGGGAAACACUCGACAAGCGUUACCGUGGGCGAAGGACUCAAUCGUGACGAAUGGCACAGUGUGAUGGUACGCAUCGAUGUCCAUGGCGCAAGAUUGAUUGCACGCGUUGACAACAGUCAAGAGGAAGUUUACCUGAAGGGUUUGAACCACGACACCAACUAUGGAGUGUCGACGAAUCUGCCGUCUGUGGUGCUGGUCGGAGGUCUUUCAUCGGAGGAGAAACUGCAUGGCGUCAAGUAUAUCAUUGAAUCAUUUGUGGGCUGCAUCCGGAAUGUUGUGCUGAGUUCGGGUAAGGCAGCAUCCGAUUUGCUGCCCAUCGCCCCGCUUGUGGCCACCAAGCACGAGAACGUCAAUGAGGGCUGCUCCGACAAAUGCAAUUCCAGACACAAUUUGUGUUUUGUGGGCUCCCGUUGUAUUAAUCACUAUUAUGACAUUUCAUGCGAUUGCUUUGGCACCCCAUACGAAGGCGAACACUGCGACAUUUACACGGCAACGAUAAUGACUCUACGUGGCUCUAGCUAUGUCUCGUAUCGCAUUUACGACUGGAAGGAUCGAGUGCACUCUUCGAACACCCGCAUUAGCCUCAUGUUUCGCACACAGUUCGACGAUUCAGCGCUUUUCUAUGCCAGCGGCGAAUCACUGAAACAUCAAUACAUCGCCGCCUCAAUAAAAAAUCAAUCAAUUCAUGUGGAAAUGGAUUUCGGUGAUAACGUGCUGUCGACAGUGCUCACUGAUGAGUUGACACGUAGUAAUUGGCAUAAUUUAACCAUUCACCAUGAGCGACGCACAGUGCGUAUCAUACUUGAUCAGCAAAUGAAAGUGCUCGAUAUACCGGCGACAUCAAGCGCCAAUCUGCUAUUCGAUCCCGAAAUUUACUUCGGCGGCGGCCCCGAUUUACACAAGAAGAAGGGCUUACUAUCACAGAACAAUUUCGUUGGCAGCCUUAAAUAUGUCUACUAUAAUGAUGUAUCGAUUUUAUAUGAACUACAAAAGAGUAAUCCAAAAGUGCACUAUCACGGUGUCCUCGAGGCCGAAUUCCUAGAGAACGAAGUCAACGUCAUACCCAUUACGUAUCCCUUCGCAACAUCUCACAUUUGGUGGCCCAUAAAUCACGCCGAAGAAUUUAAUAUUAAAUUCGAUUUCCGGAGUAGUCGUACAGCAGCCGUAUUGGCAUAUAGUGAUGUGACAACAGCAUCCGGAAAUGGAUUUUGGGAG